GAUCGCGGGUUACCCAAGUCUUCACUGACAGAUUCAGUCAGACGCGAAUCUCUCUCAUACCAUCAAGACGUAGGCCUAGCCUGCACUUUUACAAAUCGAUUAAUCACUAUGCGAUGCCAGCAUUCCCACUCACUACAAAUUAGACCGUAACGCAUGACGAUAGAGAGUUGUUCAAGAGAAAGAAGACCUGUUGAUUGAAGAAGAGGGAAUUGUCAUCCACCUUGGUGCACAGUUUGUUGUUUGGGAAGAAAUAACCUUUCUCUGGGAUCAUGGAACUAUCUCUGGCCCAUCCUGCCAUUAAGGCCUUCAUGUGUGGUUCUCUAAGUGGCACCUGCUCCACGUUGCUCUUCCAGCCCCUGGACCUAGUGAAGACUCGGCUCCAGACCCUGCACAACACUGUCCAGCCAGGCUCUGCGAGGGUGGGGAUGGUGACUGUGCUCCUCAGUGUGGUGAAGACAGACAAGGUCCUAGGACUCUGGAAAGGAGUGUCACCAUCUUUUGUGCGCACCAUCCCUGGCGUUGGGAUCUACUUCAGCACCUACUUCUCCCUGAAGCAGCACUUCUUCCUGGAGAAAGGUCCCGGGGCCCUGGAGGCCAUGAUGCUGGGGGCUGGGGCCCGUGUGGUGGCAGGCGUGUGUAUGCUGCCUGUCACUGUCAUCAAGACACGUUUUGAGAGUGGGAGGUAUAACUACAGCAGUGUGCUGGGGGCCCUCCGCAGCGUGUGGCAGACGGAAGGCCCACAGGCCCUCUUCUCCGGCCUGGCAGCCACACUCCUCCGAGACGCUCCCUUCUCAGGCCUCUACCUCAUGUUCUACAGCCAAAGCAAGGAUGCACUGCCAACACAGAUCAGCUCAUCAUCCUAUGCAGCAUUGGGUAACUUCAGCUGUGGAGUGCUGUCUGGUGUGUUAGCCUCCCUGGUGACUCAGCCUGCAGACGUUGUCAAAACGCAAGUGCAAGUUUGUCCCCAUCUCUACAAGAGAACCUCAGAUGCUGUAUACUUCAUAUACAAGGAACACGGGUUGCGUGGGUUUUUCCGAGGUGGCGUGCCUCGCUGCCUGAGGAGGACCAUGAUGGCGGCCAUGGCCUGGACUGUGUACGAGCAGCUCAUGGCUCAGUUAGGCAUCAAGUCCUGAGUGGACGACCAGACACAAAGACACGGAACAUGCCAGGAAGUGUGGACGAACAAGCAAGUGAUGGACAAGUGGACAAGUUGGUCAGCAACGUUGUAAAAAGUGGGAUCUUGUAUGGACAGAUCAGACUGCUGUGCAAAGAACGACUUUCUGUGCGCUGACCUUGCCAAUAGAGACACUGUGACUGUGAAUUAUGCCAUUUAUCUUUUCAUGUGUAUGGCAGCUGCAUUGAUGGCACACACAGAAAGACUGAAAUUCCUCGGCUGAAUUGACUGUGAAGGUACUGCAGGCCUUGAGGUGAACACCACACCACUGCUUUAAAUGUGACUAUGAAAUCUUUAUUUAGAGAUUUAUAAAGAGCAAACCACUCUGGUGUGGACUUAACUUUGCUUUACUUGCACUAAUACUCUAUCUGAGGAGCUUUUAGUUAUAUUGUCUGAAGAUUGACACUACUUCAUAUCGCGGCACACAACUGUUGAACUGGACCUUGUAAGCUAGAUAGAACUGGACGGGAUGCUGUCAUUCAAAAUGCACAUAUUUUUUGCUUGUAUGUAAGCGCUGCUUAAGAGAAUGUGUGACCAUCUUUAUUAUAUGGUUGUUACUAAGUUACAACUAAAUGCACAAUGAAAUGCUGUUUUAUAUGAACACUAACACUGGUUAUGUUUUUCCAUUAAAAUAAUUUAUCCUAAAA